AUGCGGACCCUAUUAGCUCUCACCAUCGGUUUUAUUCUUCUGCUGAACUAUUGUCAUUCAAUGCCUUGCAAUUCGUUUGAUUGUUCUUAUUUCCGGAAUCUUCAAGCUCAAGAGGAGCAUCGGCCUGUUCAGGUCAAGAGACGCCGUGAUUACGACUUUGUUCGAUUUGGACGAUCGGAACCUAAGAAGAAAGCAUCUUAUGACUAUAUACGUUUUGGAAAGCGAUCAGCUUCUCCACAUGGUUUCAAACAACCACCCCAUCCAUUUGACAACACAUCCAGAUGA